AUGAACAAAAUGUUUGAAGAUUCAGUGAAUGGAAUGAGAUUCAGUCAGAGUAAUUAUCUUCAAGAGCAUAAAAAAUCCGACACAAGGGAGAAACUGUUUGAAUGCUCAGAGUGUGGGAAAAGAUUCAGGACACAUACAAAUCUUCAAGUACAUCAAAGAAACCACACAGGGGAAAAACCAUUUGAAUGUUCAGAGUGUGGAAAGAGAUUCAGUACGCGUAGCCAUCUUCAGUAUCAUCAAAGAACCCACACAGGGGAGAAACCUUUUGAAUGUUCAGAGUGUGGAAAGAGAUUCAUUCAGAGUAGCCAUCUUCAAGAUCAUAAAAGAAUGCACACAAAAGAUAAACCUUUCGAAUGUUCGGAGUGUGGGAAGAGAUUCAGAAUGAAUUCCAGUCUUCAAAAGCAUCAAAGAACCCACACAGGGGAGAAACCUUUUGAAUGCUCUGGGUGUGGAAAGAAAUUCAUUACAAGUAGUUAUCUUCAACGGCAUAACAGAUCCCACACAGGGGAGAAACCGUUUGAAUGCUCAGAGUGUGGAAAGGGAUUCAGUCAGAGUGGCACUCUUCAACAGCACCAAAGCACCCACACAGGAGAGAAACCUUUUGAAUGCUCAGAGUGUGGAAAGAAAUUCAGUGACAGUAGCAAUCUUCACCGGCACCGAAGAACCCACACAGGUGAGAAACCUUUUGAAUGCUCAGAGUGCGGAAGGAAAUUCAGUGACUGUAGCAGUCUUCGACGGCACCAAAGAACCCAUACAGGGGACAAACCCUUUGAAUGCUCGGAGUGUGGAAAGAAAUUCAGUGACCAUAGCAGUUUUCAAAUGCACAAAAGAACCCAUACAGGGGAGAAACCUUUUGAAUGCCCAGAAUGUGGAAAGAGAUUCAGUCGGAGUUGCUAUCUUCUAGACCAUAAAAGAAUUCAUACAGGAGAGAAACCUUUUGAAUGCUCAGAGUGUGGAAAGAAAUUCAGUGACCGCAGAAAUCUUUACCGGCACCAAAGAACCCACACGGGAGAGAAACCUUUUGAAUGCCCAGAGUGUGGAAAGAGAUUCAGUGAUAGCAGGAAUCUUCAACAGCACCAAAGAACGCACAGGGGACAAACCUUUUGA